AUGUCUGCACCGCCGGCAUAUGAAGAUCUGUCCGAUGUAUGGGAUAGCAUGCCAAAUAUCCUCCCAGCACCAUCUCGACACAGACUGAUCGUAGGCGUCGAUUACGGCACCACGUAUUCUGGCAUUAGUUUCGUCACUACGGACAAGGAGACAGUCGAUGACAUCCAUGUCAUCACUGCUUGGCCUGGUCAGGACACGUCGAGCGCAUGGAAGGUUCCUACGCGCAUGGCCUAUGCCGUCGAAAAUCAAGACCAGGAUGAGCUCAAAGAAGAUCAAUGGGGCUAUUCAGUCCGACCUUACAUGACCUCUUGCUCAUGGACAAAGCUUCUGUUGGACAAGCUCACUGAAUCCGGGCAGCAUGACGAUCCCAGCCUGCGUAGCGCGAUCGAUGAGGGCAUAUUGCGUCUGCCGAGCGGCCUCGUCAAUAAGAACGCAGCGCAGGUAUGCGAGGACUUUCUGCGCAACCUGUAUCAGCACAUGAUGCGUGAGGUCUCCAAACGGAUCGGAGAGAACUUCCUGAAGUCGACUCCUAUGGAUUGCUGGCUCACCGUUCCGGCUGUCUGGUCCGAUAAAGCCCAAGACUUGACCAGAUCAGCAGCAAAGGCGGCAGGGUUUGGCUCGAGGUCAGGCGAUAACAUUUAUAUAAUCACUGAGCCUGAGGCUGCGGCCAUCGCGACGUUGAAGAAGCAUAUGCAGCCAGAGUCUGUCGGUGCACCAGCACCCGGAGACAACAUCCUGAUUUGUGACUGCGGUGGAGGGACAGUGGAUAUAACGACGUAUUCGAUUGUCGAAACGUCCCCUGCUCUGAUAUUCGAAGAGCUCUGCGUAGGAUCAGGUACUUCAGGUUGA